AUGGAAUUUGCACAAGAGCUGGGCAAAGCCAAACACCCCCCCCACGCCACACCACUCCUCUCCGUGGGCUCCCAGGCUCCCCCAGCUCCUCCGCGGCGGCCACCUGCUGUCCAAAAGCCCUCCUCCCACUCUUGGGUGGCUCUGUGUGGGCCUCCUCCUUGGGGCCUCAGCUGUCUUCUGGCUCUGCAGCAUGUCUUGGUCCUGGCUUCUCUGCUCUGUGCCUCCCACCUGCUCCUGCUUCGAAGUCUCCCCCCGGAAGGCCUCUCUUACCUCCCUGCCCAGCUCCUAGCCUCCAGCCUCUUUUCCUGUGGCAUGUCUACCACCCUGCAAACUUGGAUGGGCAGCAGGCUGCCUCUUGUCCAGGCUCCAUCCUUAGAGUUUCUUAUCCCUGCUCUGGUACUGACCAGCCAGAAGCUACCUCUGCCCAACCGAACACCUGGAAACUCCUCUCUCAUGCUGAGCCCGUGCAGGGGGCCUGGUUGCCAAGGCCCGGAGCUCUGGAAUACUUCUCUCAGAGAGGUAUCUGGGGCUGUGGUGGUGUCCGGGCUGCUGCAGGGCACGCUGGGGCUGCUGGGGGGUCCUGGCCACUUGUUCUCCCACUGUGGGCCCCUGGUGCUGGCCCCCAGCCUGGUUGUGGCAGGGCUCUCUGCCCACAAGGAGGUGGCCCUGUUCUGUUCCACUCACUGGGGCCUGGCAUGGCUGCUUAUCCUGCUCGUGGUGGUCUGUUCCCAGCACCUGGGCUCCUGCCCGUUACCCCCACGCCCCUGGAGGCCAGCUGCGACCUCUUCAACCCACACUCCUCCCAUCGCUGCCUUCAGGGUCCUCUCGGUGCUGAUCCCAGUGGCCUGUGUGUGGACCAUCUCUGCCCUUCUGGGGCUCAGCAUCACCCCCCUGGAGCUGUCUGCCCCCACCGAGGCACCGUGGUUUUGGCUGCCUCACCCAGCUGAGUGGGACUGGCCCUUGCUGACACCCAGGGCUCUGGCUGCGGGCAUCUCCAUGGCCUUGGCAGCCUCCAUCAGCUCUCUGGGCUGCUACGCCCUGUGUGGCCGGCUGCUGCAUUUGCCUUCUCCACCUCCGCAUGCCUGUAGCCGAGGGCUGAGCCUGGAGGGUCUGGGCAGCGUGCUGGCUGGGCUGUUGGGGAGCCCCAUGGGCACUGCAUCCAGCUUCCCCAACGUGGGCACAAUGAGUCUUUUCCAGGCUGGAUCUCGGCGAGUGGCCCAUUUGGUGGGGCUGCUCUGUGUGGGGCUUGGGUUCUCCCCAAGGCUGGCCCAGCUCCUCAGCACCAUCCCACUGCCUGUGCUUGGUGGGGUGCUGGGGGUGACCCAGGCUGUGGUUUUGUCUACUGGAUUCUCCAGCUUCCACAUGGCUGACAUUGACUCUGGACGGAAUGUCUUCAUUGUCGGCUUCUCCAUCUUCAUGGCCCUGCUGCUGCCGAGAUGGUUUCGGGAGGCUCCAGUCCUGCUGAGCACAGGCUGGAGCCCUUUGGAUGUGUUACUGCGCUCACUGCUCACAGCACCCAUCUUCCUGGCGGGACUCUUGGGCUUCCUCCUAGAGAACACCAUUCCCGGCACACAGCUUGAGCGAGGCCUUAAUCAAGGGCUGCCAUCUCCUUUCACCGACCAAGAGGCACAGAUGCCUCAAAAGUCCAGGGAGAAGUCUGCUCAAGAGUACGAGCUUCCUUUCUCCAUCCAAAACCUGUGUCCCUGCCUUCCCCAGCCCCUCCGUUGCCUCUGCCCGCUGCCCAAAGAUUCUGGGAAUGAGGAAGGAGGAUCCUCUGAGCCAGGAGAGACAGCCGACUUGCUGCCUGGCUUCGGGGAGCAGCGCCCUGGAUCUAGCAGAGAAGAACUUAGGUCCCAGUAAUUACCAGGACUCCUACUUCUACCCUUGUUAGUUUAGCCCUAAAACUUGCUGGAGAGUCAGCUCCUAGGCUCUACUUUCUCCUGGGGAGAGAAAGUGUGUGUGUAUGAGUGAGAGAGAGAGAGAGAGAGAGAGAGAGACACAUGGUCCUAUCUAAAGGUCUCAUUUCCCAAUA